GUAAUGAGCUGGAAACUGAACCGGCCAAUAAAAAGAAGAAGCUGCGUUGCAACUGGCCAAUCAGCGUGCAGCAGUGCGAAGCAGGAAGCGGUUGAAAGCGAGCAGCACCUGCAUGGAGAGGAUAUCGUAGUACUUAUUCGUAAUUGUUCUGACAGACUGGAACCUUUGGACCUGCUGAUACACCUGUGAUACACCUGCGUGUCUCUCCUCGGGGCUGAUGAUGGACCCACCACACACAGACUUCUUCUACUGCUGCGGAGCCGCCACGGAGCUGCUCAGGUUUGGAUCCUGCCCCCUAACCUCUGCACACAAGGUGCUCUUCCUCAUCAUCCCAGGUAACCCAGGUGUGGUGGGCUUCUACAGGACCUUCAUGCAGACGCUCCACAGCAGGUGUGGCUACCAGCACCCGGUGUGGGCCGUAAGCCACGCCGGCCACUGCGCUCCUCCGGCCUCCAUGGACAUGAUCGAAGACGGCGCCUCAGCGGCGGAGGACGACGUGUUUGGUCUGGACGGGCAGGUCGAACAUAAGCUGGCUUUCCUCAGGAAUCACGUUCCCAGAGAAACCAGCCUGGUCCUGAUUGGUCACUCCAUCGGCUGCUACAUCAUUCUGGAGAUGAUGAAGAGAAAUCCUGAGAGGAAGGUCCUGAAGGCGCUGCUGCUGUUUCCCACCAUCGAGCGCAUGGCUCAGAGCCCUCAGGGGAAGGUCAUGACCCCCGUGCUGUGUCACAUGCGUUACGUGGUCUACCUGCCCCUCUUCCUGCUCUCGCUGCUGCCCGACAGGCUCAAAGUCGGCCUCAUCAGACUGAUGCUGGGGGGAAUCCGCUCUCUGGACCUCACUGUGGUGCAGCCCACCCUGGGUCUGCUCAGUGGAGACUCUGCAGCCAAUGCCAUGUACCUGGGCGGGCAGGAAAUGAGGAAAGUUCUAAAAAGAGAUGACACGACUAUCGGGAAACAUCUCGACAAGCUGAUAUUUUAUUACGGAGCGACCGACCACUGGUGCCCGGUGCACUAUUAUCACGACAUCAAGCGGGACUUUCCGCUCGGCGACUUCAAGCUGUGUGAAAACGGCUUCCGUCACGCCUUCGUGCUGGACGCCGGACGAGAAGUCGCCAAAAUGGUGUUUGAAUGGAUCCGUGAAGAUUUACGGAGCCGAGUUCCCGGUGACCAAAACACUUCAUUCAGUGCCUCAGCUGGACGUUUGUAACGAGACCACAGAGCCGAACCAGAGGUUCACGUUGUCUUUGUGUAAUAAGAUGUGCAGGCGUGGAAGCUGUACAAGUUUGUGCUCAGUGAAAACACUAAACACAGCAUCAGCCUUCAGGGGCCACAUGCUUCCAACUCUUAUAUCCUGGCUAAUCACAUAAAAAUGUACAACGAUGGCAUGAGGGCGCUCAUCAUAGAGACCAAACAUUUAUUAAAGUUUAGAAAAUUUACAGUGAAAUUUCAAAGAAGUCCAGAUGAAGCCGCAGAUGUGAGGAACAGUAUUUUUAAUGCAUGUGAAAUAACUGCUGUAAUAUUAACUGUUGUUUAUAAUUGUGGGAAUAAAUGAAAACUUAAUUUAUUAAACACACAGAUUACAACAGGCCGUGUUACUGCUUCAGGUUAGGUCUGAAGAUAAAGUUAAUCCCACUUCAGGCUCCUGUAAGUGUGUCGCAGCAUGAAGCAGUGAAAGCCUCGCUCUGUGUUCUCGGAGCAGAUUUUAUUUCUCUUUUCAAUCUUUCCGAUUUCCUCGCUGGUCGACCUCGACGGGUCCUCGAUACCUCCCAGCUUAAAAAUCUUGGAAAAGUUCCCGAGCACCAGUAUCUACCGGGCCACUUUACAGGUGAGCACAUGAAGGCGUGCGCUCAUCACCGUGCAGAUAGCUGUGGCUGCACGUCCUUCACGGUGAAGAUCACGUGAUGUUAAUGCAGCUGGAACUGAACACCGGUCGGUAUGAAUAAAAACACAAACUGAAGCAGUUGCAUCAAAACCAUUUAUUAAUUUCUCAGUCAGUAAAAAGUGGCUGUGUGAGGGCAGGUUCAUGGUUAUAGACUGAAUGGCUGGUGCUGAGUUCAGUAAACUAACAAUAAACACAAACUAAUAUUCCA